UUAAACCAGCCAGCCUGUCCGUGUCUCUCUCUCUUUCAAACUGAAACAGUCUCUGGAUCCGGCAGGAAGCACGCUGCACAUAUUCCAAAUUUCUCGAGAGGAGAAAUUUCUAGUUCCUAUUUUGGAACGUCAACGAGGAUAAUACAUGAUUCCGCCGUGACACGUUUGCUCAGAUGUGCCGGAGCCCAGUGUAAACUCCCAGUGCUCCUGACUGCUGACAGGAACCUCUCUGUUGUUUUCCUUGUCUCUGCCCCGCACACUCCGGAGGAAUGGUAGCGAGUUAGCUCGUCACACUGGACACGCUGGAUUCACUCGUUAACUUCACACCUGAGGGCUCGGUUGAGAAAACAAUGAAUUUACUACCGACUAAUCCUCACGGCAACAAGCUCCUUUAUGCCGGAUUUAACCAGGAUCACGGAUGCUUUGCCUGUGGAAUGGAAAAUGGAUUUCGUGUGUACAACACCGAUCCUCUCAAAGAGAAGGAGAAGCAAGAGUUCCUGGAGGGCGGAGUUGGCCACGUGGAGAUGCUGUUUCGGUGUAACUAUUUGGCACUAGUGGGAGGAGGGAAGAAACCCAAGUAUCCAACUAACAAAGUAAUGAUCUGGGAUGACCUGAAGAAGAAGACAGUUAUUGAGAUUGAGUUCUCAACAGAAGUUAAGGCAGUGAAGCUUCGACGUGACAGGAUUGUGGUGGUCCUGGACUCAAUGAUCAAAGUGUUCACCUUUACCCACAACCCCCAUCAGCUGCAUGUGUUUGAGACCUGCUACAAUCCUAAAGGUCUGUGUGUGCUGUGUCCUAACAGUAACAACUCUCUGCUGGCGUUCCCCGGGACUCAUUCAGGCCAUGUGCAGAUUGUGGACCUGGCCAACACAGAGAAGCCCCCAGUUGACAUUCCCGCCCAUGAGGGGUCGCUGUGCUGCAUCGCCCUCAACCUGCAGGGCACAAGGAUAGCUACUGCAUCAGAGAAGGGGACUCUUAUAAGAAUUUUCGACACGUCUGCAGGUCAGCUCAUACAGGAACUGAGACGAGGCUCUCAGGCAGCUAACAUUUACUGCAUUAAUUUCAACCAGGACGCGUCCCUCAUCUGUGUGUCCAGUGACCACGGCACAGUCCACAUCUUUGCUGCAGAGGAUCCCAAAAGGAACAAACAGUCGAGCUUGGCGUCGGCCAGCUUUCUUCCCAAAUACUUCAGCUCGAAGUGGAGCUUCUCCAAGUUCCAGGUCCCCUCAGGUUCUCCCUGUGUGUGUGCCUUUGGUACGGAGCCCAAUGCUGUCAUAGCCAUUUGUGCUGACGGCAGCUACUACAAGUUCCUGUUCAACCAGAAAGGGGAGUGUUCCAGAGACGUCUACGCCCAGUUCCUGGAGAUGACGGAUGAGAAAAUCUGAUCUCUGACCCAUCUGCAGACCUGCUAUUACACCGCCUGUUCUCUCCGGUUUCUUUUUUUUCCGUUGCGUUUAAAUUGUGGAGGAGACAGGAAAUGUUCCCCGUGGCACUUCUCCUUAUCUUGACAGACUCUGUGACGGAGCACGAGAUGGAGGGAGGACAAAGAAAGAAAAGCACAGACUCUGGAGGAACUGUUUAUGUGGACAGAUGGAAUCACCGACAGGGAUGCAGACUUUUGUCUCACAGUCUCAUGAGGAUUGUCUCUGGACAGAGGGACACACACACGGCGACUCUAUUUCCCCCCCCCCCCAAACACAACCGAAAAGAGGGAAAGUUAUUUUUUUGAAAGAACGACAGCUUUUUAAGACGUCUUCCCAGGAAUUUACAAAGGAUGGCUAUUUUUAAUCACAUAGAUGAUUCUGAUAGUUAGACGGAUUGAAAAUAUUGAGAUUUUUGUCAACUAACACCACCUAACUAUAGGGAGUGCCUCUGAGACUGGAGAGAAUCUGUAUGUGUGAACAUAUUAAUGUUGUCAUAUAUACACGUGUGUGUUUGUGUAUAUACACCGAUGUACCAUAUUAGGUGUUUGCAAAGCAGGAUCAGAACGAGGUGAAUGGUUUUCUCCACCUCUGCCUUUACGGUUCAGGAACAUUGGAGCAGGCUGAUUCUGCGAUGUGAAACGCCACGCUAGUAUUAUUCGAUUUUCUUAUAUUCACUGUAUAAACACAAUGCGCCAGACUGAACUUCUAAAUACUUAGAAUUGUACAAAAUAUUAGCAAAAAGAAAAAAUAACAUGUAUUUUUGUUUCCGUCUUCCUUUUUUUUUUUUUUUCAUACGUUGUGCAAUAUGUGUUCUGAGAUGCUUGUGAAAGUUGAGUGUUGUUUCCGCCCACAUAAGAAAAGCUUAAAGAAACAGUUAGACUUUUA